GGUGGCCAUUGCUGUCCACACGCUGACCUCGUCACAAUGCUCCCUCUGGUGGCUAUCGCUGUGGUCCUGAUGUCAUCACCAGUACUACACACACAUGCAGGGGCGUCAACACCGAUAGAUGGCGCUGUUUCUCACCCUCACCAAAGCCAAACAGACGACGUUUUCUUGAAGGCCCUGUUACAUAAUAUUGGACCACUGAUACCUGACUAUGACACCUAUUCACAACCAACUCAAGAUGAGGCUACCCCACGUGAAUAUAUCACUGUCAGAAAUUCAUUUCAUCAAGGAAAACCCAAGAACAGCAUCUCUGUUCCCACCUAUAAAGGUCAAGGUCAAAACAAACGUGACUUCUGGACACCUCAAAAUCGCUACAAGAGAGUUCGCGUGUGUCCGUUCUUAAACCGGGUGGGAUUCCCACUCGGAGGCUGUCUCUAUUCUUAUAUCAAACCGGCCUACAAGCCCCCACCACCCACCCCGAAACCAGCAAGCAAACCCAAACCCAUCCCCCGUCCUGUGAUCAUGUGGCAGCCUUACCAAGCAAGAUGGCCGGAGUUUUACUUCCUGGGAGGCGCGCUUGGAAGACGGUAAAGUGAAAUCCGUCAGACUACGAUGACUCUUAACAUUUAAUUUGAAACUUGAAUUUGAAAAACGUCGAAACGUUAUCACCAGAAUUUCACAUGUCCGUCGUGUAAUAGCCUUCUUCAUGUGAUUGUGUAACGGAAUAAAACAUAUGACUUUUCAUAAUGAUGUGCAGUGACUUCAUAACGAGACGUUUUAAUUUUUUCAGUGGCAAAUCUAUUGGGUUCGGUUGGAGAUUCACAGAAUUUUGUCUCAGGAAGCAGGUGACACGUGCUAAAGAUUAUGCUCGUGUGUUUUGGUUGUUUACGAUAAGAUGAGUGCAUGCACGGCGAUCUCGACUGUUUGUUCAUGCAUUGUGGUAAUAAUAAUAAUAAUGAUAAUAACAACAACAAUAGGCUAAUAAUG